GCGUAAUUUGGCGCAGGGCGGACAGGGAUCAGGAAAAGCGCAGGCGCCUCAAACCCAGGCAGCAGCCCCUUUAAAUGUGGCGGCUCCAUCAUAUAGUACGGGCCCCUCGCAAGGUGGGGCGCCCUCCUAUGGAUAGUGACCCUGGCCGGUGAUCAACGCAAUUGUGCAAUGGGGAAGUACGCCGCCAGUAGCCGGACCGCAAACAAUUCACAGGGCAGUGUUGUAGGAAGUGGGAACCAGGGGCAGGGCAAUCAAGGCAGUGGGGGGAGGGGUGGAGGAAAGGGGCGAGGCAGGAAUGGCGGCGGAAGAGGAAGGCAAUGGAGUGGCCAAGGCCAGGGGUACCAAGGCCAAGGGAGUCAAGGCCAGGGGUACCAAAGCCAAGAGAGUCAAGGCCAGGGGUACCAAGGCCAAGGGAGUCAGGGCCAGGGGUACCAAGGCCAGGGCUAUCAAGGCAAGGGGUAUCAAGGUCAGGGGGAUCAGGGAAGUCAAGGGUAUGGAAGACCCCGCUUUGACUGGAGAACGGCCAUCUGUCAACAUUGUGACCAGCAAGGCCACACUAUAAGGUUCUGUAAUAUAAGACGGGAAGACGAGAGAAGCGGGCUUAUUUCCUCUACUAUGGAUGGGGAUAUCUACGAUCAAUUUGGGGAGGCCAUUGACAGAAGGCUUGGAGGAGUGAGGGCUGAAGCCCAACGAAGAGCGGCAGCGGGACCACCGCCCCCUGCCAUGUUCAGGCUAUGGCAGGAAAAGGAGGAACCACCGUUUGGGGUGGAAGAAGUGGGAAGUGAUGAGGAAGUGACUCAAGGACUAAGAGGAGGAAGUGAGACGGAAGAGGCCAUAAUCAUCGAGUCAGAUGACGAGGAGGAGGAGGAAAGAACGGAGCCUCCGUCCGUCUUAUUUGAGAAGAUGAAAGACUUGCUAGAUAAGAUGGGGAGUACCAGCCAAGAGCCUCCAAGGGAGGAACACGAACCAGGGAGAAGGAAAAAGGCUGUGGAAGUAGAGGACGACGAUGACGAAGAGGAAGAGGACAAGAGGCUGCGCAGAGAAGAGGAUCAGAGAGCGGGGCAGCGGGCAAGGAAAAAGGGGAUCAGGGGAGAGGCCGAACCGGUCAUACAGGACGGACCGCCCAAAAAGAAGAAAUACGCGGUCCGGUUGGAAGAAGGAUUUGACGUAGAGAAGGUGAUUGACCGGCUGCUGGAAGGGCAUAAUGACCUCAUGACCCUGAAGGAAAUCCUAGCGUCAUCCUCGCGACUCCGCGAUGAACUGAAGGGGAGGUUAUCACGGCGCCUGGUGCCCAAUGUCCACCUGGGUAAGAUCGUGCCCAAGGAGGCAGAGUGGGCAGAGUCAGAUACGAAGAUGGAUUGGAAGUGGGUAGCCUGUGGUACGGUGAAUUUGAUGGUGAAGGGUUCCAAGUGCGUAGCAAUGGUGGACACCGGGGCAGAGAUGAACAUUAUUCGGGAGGCGGACGCGAUCAGAUUCGGGCUGGAUAUAGACCGUUCUGACUGUGGUAUUCURCAUGGAGCCAGCUGUAAGGCCAUGUUUUGCGGGACAGCCUCGAAUGUGCUCGUCGAGGUUGGAAAGGUGAAGGUCAGGGCAUGCUUCUUCAUAAUGCCAGACGUGGACCAUGGAAUCGUCCUGGGGAGGUCAUUCCUAAGCAGGACAGAGACCGUGAUGUUCAACAAACAUGGCGGGACGUUGAUCCUCCUCUUAUGCGAUCCUGCCUACGGAAAUUAUGAAAUAAUUACUUGCAGGAACACCGGGCCAAGGAGUAUAAGGAACCGGCCCAAUCCAGGAUCAUUCACAAUCGAGGAGUCAGGAGGGGAGCGCAGGAGGCUCUGGGCAGAGCCCGAAGCAGGAGAGGGGGUGAAAGCAUUUUCCCUCAGCCUGUCAGAUAUUGGGAAGGCCAUGGACCUGGUGGCCGCGCACGAGAUGGCAGAUCCGGAUGCCAUCCAGGCCUUGAGUGAACAAGUUCUGGAAUGCCCUGAGGCAGGAAGGUCUGACUUUACGAAGACAGCCAUGCCAAGAGGAGGGAAGGGGACAGGGCCGCCUCAGAGGCCGUUGGGCGCAUCAGGAGGAUAUGAGCAGCAUGGGCCUCGCCAUCGAGAGAGUACUUCAGUCUACAAUGAUGGGGACAUCGAGCUAUUCCUGGACAGUUUCUGGGAGCAUGCGAGGCGUAUGGGCUGGACCGUCGCUCAGGCGAUUGAGAGAUUGGGGAGCAGACCAGAGAGCAGCCGGCAGAGAGAGCAGAAGCAGCCAGGACAGGGAUUGUCAGGACAACCAUCUGCGACAGAGCCUCGCCAGGAGCCGCCUAUGGGGAAAGUUAUCCUUGAGCCAGAGGAGGCAAGAGCCCAGAGACAGGCAGAGAGAGAGGCAUUUGAGUUUAGAGCCCCUACUAAGCUCGCGACGCUGCCAGUGGCGGCGGCAGGCCUAGUCGUACCUUUGGCAGUAGAGGAGGGGCUGCCACCAUCUAGCAGUGAGCCGGCUCAGGGCUCGGCAGACGGAUCCAUGAGCGUGCUCCUUGAGGCGGUGCAUACUAUGCAGGAGGAGGUGAGUUUGUUUUCACCUGAGCAGAGGAUAGAGGAGCCUCUUGAGAGAGAGAUGGGGAUUGAGGAGGAGAGUGCCAUCGAGGGCAGACUCCAGAGGAUAGGCACACCUGAGUAUGGACCAGAGGAGAUUGAGGAGCAGCCCACGGCAGUGCCAGGGGCGGCACUCGAGAGGAGGCCUCAGAGGUUGGACACGCCCAAGUACGUUCCAGCGAUAGACGAUUUGAGAGACAGACUAGGAUUUUGGGCUACUGGAUCUGGGUCUGGUGGACCAGUUCCGGGGACAGAGCAGCAGGAAGUCGUUAGUACCACAGCUCCUCAAGCAGAGCAGCAGGGGGUUAUCAGUACCUUGGCAGGAUCUCCUUCAUCACCACCUCCUCAGCCCAGGAAGAAGAAGUUCAAGAGGAAGGUUGAUCAACUAUGUUUCUACUGCAAGAGGAGCGCGCAUCAUGCUUUGGACUGUCUCGAGUUUCUUGAGGAUAAGGCAGCAGGGAAGAUCUCAGAGGUAGGGGGUAAAAUGUAUGAUAGACAGGGUAGGAUAGUAGAGAAGUCCGCAGAUGGACUUAGGGUUCAGUUAUAUAGGCAAAACCAGGAGGAGUUGAGGAGGUAGGGCCGGCUUUGUCUAUAUAAGCGAGCGAGCAUUUUGUG